CUGUGUGCCGUGCUUGAGCUUUUCCUUUUCUGAGUGGGCACCAUGAGGACAUGGCUGGCAGCCGCCCUGCUCUGCCACGUUGCUGCGGAGCAAGUGCAGGUCCACAUCGUUUGUCACACACAUGACGACGUGGGGUGGCUGAAGACGGUGGAUGAGUACUACACCGGCCAGAACAAUUCCAUCCAGCAUGCCUAUGUACACAUGAUUUUGGACACCGUGGUCCGCGCACUGGCGGCGGACAAGAGUCGCACCUUCACCUAUGUGGAGCAGGCCUUCUUCGUCCGUUGGUGGCGACAACAGGACGAGAGGACCAAAGCCUUGGUGAAGGACCUGGUGAAGGAUGGAAGGCUCGAGUUCACCAAUGGCGGCUGGUGUAUGCACGACGAAGCCGCGCCUCACUAUGUGGAUAUGAUCGAUCAAACCACCCUGGGACACAAGUUCCUCAUGGACGAGUUCGGGGUGGCGCCAAGGACGGGAUGGCAACUGGACCCCUUUGGGCAUUCCGCCACCCAGGCCUCCCUUCUCUCGGCCGAGGUGGGUUUCCAGGGUCUCUUCUUCGGACGGAUCGAUUAUCAGGACCUGGAACUGCGACAGCAGCAACGCAGCGCCGAGUUCGUGUGGCGCGCCUCGAAGUCGCUGGGUGCGACGUCGCAGGUCUUCACCGGGCUGACAGGCGAAUACCAAGGCAACUACGGGCCACCAGGUGGCUUCGACUGGGACGUGCGAAACAGCGAUGAGACUAUUCAGGACGAUCCGGCCCUGGAGGAUUACAACGUGAAGAGCCGCGUGGAGGAUUUCGUUCAAGCUGCCCUCACGGAGGCCAACAUGACCAGGGGCAAAAACAUCAUGAUGACCAUGGGCUCCGACUUCCAGUACGAGGACGCGGCGUCCUGGUACUUCAACCUGGACCGGCUCAUCCAACACGUCAACGCCGACGGUCGCGUGAAGGUCUUCUACUCCACGCCCUCGCGGUACGUCGACGCCAAGCGCUUGGAAACGAAGGUCAUGUGGCCUCUGAAGGAGGACGACUUCUUCCCCUAUGCCGAUGGUCCGCACAAGUUUUGGACGGGUUACUUCACCUCCCGUCCUGCUCUGAAGCGUUACAUCCGCGACAGCAGCGCCUUCUUUCAGGUGUCCAAGCAAGUGGGCGCCCUGGCACAGCUGACGGGCAAUGCCAAGCUGGGCCCAGGGGUGGAGAAGCUGGCUGAGGCCAUGGGUGUGGCACAGCACCAUGAUGCGGUCUCGGGCACGGCCAAGCAGCACGUGACCUUCGACUAUGCCAAGCGCUUGAGUCGUGGGAGGAACAGUGCGAUGACCGAAGUCGCUGGGGUUCUGCAGAGCAUGAUGGAAGUAAAGGCCCAGCAGGACUUCACGGUCUGCGAGCUGCGCAACAUCUCCAGCUGCGCAGCGACGGAGAGCGUGGGACGAAGCAGCAAGAGGACGUGCUUUGCCUUGUGGAAUGGCUUGGCACGUGAACGUGAGGAGUUGGUAGAGCUGCCCGUUUCCUCUGCACAGGUGGAGGUCGUACAGGCUGGCAACCAAGAGGCGGUUCCUGUACAGCUGGCGCGCUCUCUUCCCUCGGUGACGAACUACGGCCGUCCCGCAGGUGGUGCUUCCCUGACGCUGCUGGCGCAGCUGACGCUUCCAGCCUUGGGCUUCGGAGGUUUCUGCCUGCAGGAGACAGGUAGUGCCUUGCCAAUCCCAGCAAUCGAGAAUGUCACCGGUGGAGUGGAGGUCUUGGAGAACGACUAUCUCUCCCUGCAAUUCCAAGGAGGCAUGCUCUCUAAGAUUGAGGACAAAGUGAACAAGAUCUCCACCCAAGCAGAGCAGAACUGGUUUUGGUACGAGGGCUCGGUGGGGAACAAUGAGAGCUCCCAACAAAGUGGUGCAUACAUCUUCCGGCCGAAUCGCUCGCAGGCCUUGCCGGUCUUCACGGGUCUGCCCUUCAUGCAGAUCACCCGCGGCCCCCUGGCGGAUGAGGUGGUGCAGACUGUGGGUUCAUGGGUGAUGCAGCGCAUGCGUCUGGGGAAGAAGGCCAAGCAUGUGGAGAUCACGUACACCGUAGGUCAGACUCCUUUAGAGAUGCUGGCAGUUUCACCACGCACGGCAGUCGACUAUCAUCGGAGGGUUUUGGUGUUUCAAAACUUUUGCAGUUUACUGGAGUUGAGAACCAACACAAGCUCUCAAGUAGACCAUCCCUUGACUGUUUUUCUCAACCAAAGCUUCGAAGAGGGGCUGGACAUUUCAGAGGCGCAAAAGGCAUUUGCAGCAGUACAAGAAGCUUUUCCAGUUGUAGGUCGUCAAGGUCUGAGCCGCAGCCGGAGGUCUUUGAAGGGUUGGAAGAACCUAGAUCCAGGUCAAAGUCGAACACCACUGGCCUGGCCCUUCAUCAGUCUCCUUGCUUUGACCAUGAUGCAACUGGGAGAGGUCAGAUGUGCUCUCUGCAUUCUCACCAUGUUCACAACUUACAUUCGUCCAUGCGAAGCUCUGAAGCUGUUGAAGAGGGAUGUAGUCAGGUCAACGGACUUGGGGGUCAGUUGGGCUCUCAACGUGAACACGUCCGAGGAGGCUCAACAGUCAAAAGUGGGGCUUCAAGACGAGGCUAUGCUGCUAGACAACAAGAUGCUGGACUACCUAGGCGUUCUGGCGCAGGGUCUUCCUUUUACAACCUUGUUCGAAAUGCAAUACCCUCAGCUCCACAGAACAUGGCAUGCAACGCUGGCCCAUCUGGGCUUGCCCAUGGAGACAGCAGAUCUGUACCAGCUCCGUCACUCAGGGGCAUCUUGGGAUCGACUCAAAAAGGUGCGUUCUCUUCUGGAAAUCAAACUGCGCGGAAGGUGGAGUUCGGAUGCAAGCCUGAAGCGAUACGAGAGUCAUGCCAAGGUUGCCCAACUCUACGAGAAACUGCCGGACAGCAUCAAAAAGAGAGCAGAUUCAUCUCCUCAGUUAUUGAAAGAGAUGAUUAUCGCAUUUACGUCCCGACACACCCCAACAUGCUGA